CAGUUGGUAUCAAAAUCAGUCAAAAUGAUGGAAUUGGAGGCUCAAAAGAAAAUCACUCUGUGUCUGAGUUUGCUUUGCUUAUUUGCAUUUCAGGUGAAGGCCCAAACCAAGAUUAAGCCAAAAACUCUGGAUGUUAGGCAGCCAUUGGAUCUGACCAGUCUGCUGGGUGGUGGAGGCCGAGGAUCUCAGCCCAUUUGGACUUUGAUGGAUCAAAAUCUACCCCAGAUUCAACAAAUGGUGGAUACAUCGAAAUCCGAGUGUUUGAAACAAUUGAAAAUGCCCAAGCAACAGCGACCCUUGAUGAGGGAGACACGACCCACUGAGCAGGAGAAAUGUCUAUUGGAAUGUGUUUUGAAAAAGAUUAAAAUUAUGGAUGGCAACAACAAAUUGAGUCUGCCCCAGGUGGAAAAGCUUACCAGUUUGGUAACCAACAACAAUAAGGUGGCCAUAGCUUUAAGUUGCAGCCUGGCCCAAAACUGCAAUCGUCUGAUAACCACCAAAUCCCCAUGUGAGGCAGCUCAUCAGAUUAAUCAAUGUAUUAGUCGCCAGUUGGAGAACAAUAGAGUUAAGCUAAAGUGGUAGAAGACACCUCACGAACACACACACACACGCACACACACGCACACCCACACA